CAGGUUGAAGAUUCUGAAGCACAACUAGGGGGAGAAGAUUCUUAAAGUUCAAUGGAAGUCUAUUUAUUCAUAUGAAGGUUGAAAGCUUCCACAAUCCAUGUUUAACCUUCAAAAAAAUUAGCACCUGAAUUAAUGGCUUCCAUUUCUCCUCAUUUUCUCUACCUCAUGCUACCAUGCCUGUUGUCAAUUUCUAUCAUAGCUCAAAAUAUAACACUAGGCUCGUCAUUAACUGCAGUGCUCAACACUAACUCUUCCUGGACGUCUGCAUCUGAUGAGUUUGCAUUUGGCUUCCAACAGAUUGAAACUGGAAUGUUUUUUACUGGCCACGUGGUUUGACAAAGUACCUGAAAAAAAUAUUGUUUGGUCAGCCAAUUGUGGAAAUUUAGUGCUAGAAGAAUCAAAAAUUCAACUGACAACAGAUAGCCAGUUCGUACUCAAUGACCCAAAAGGACAAGAGGUAUGGAUGGUUAACUUAUAUGGCACUGGUAAUAUUUCUUAUGCAGCUAUGCUUGACACUGGAAACUUUGUGCUGCCACGCCAGGACUCCACCAACUUGUGGGAAAGUUUUGAUCAUCCAACUGACACAAUAUUACCCACACAAACAUUAAACGUGGGCAGCAGCCUUUUUGCUUGUUAUUCAGAAAUGAAUUACUCAGGUGGAAGAUUUAUGAUGCAGUUACUAUCAAAUGGAAAUCUUGCUAUCUUUAACCAGUCUGGCUACAUCUACCUAGAAGCUAAAAAUGGAAGCAUAAUCAGCUUUAUAGCAGUAACUGGAGCAUCAACUGGUAACUUCUACCAGCGUGCAAUCCUUGAAUAUGAUGGGGUCUUCAGGCAAUAUGUCUAUCCAAAAAACUAUAGCGUCAGUGCCAGAAGGCCUAUGGCCUGGUCCUUGAUUUACUGUAUACCACAGGAUAUUUGCACAAGCAUCAGACAAGCCACAGGUGGUGGGGCUUGUGGGUUCAACAGCUACAAUAUUCUAGCAAAUGAUCAGAGACCUAAAUGCAUGUGCCCACCUGGAUACUCAUUCUUGGAUCCAGAUGAUGACAUGAAUGGAUGCAAGCAGGAUUUUAUCUCACAAGAGUGUGAUGGAGGCCAAGAUGCAGAUCUUUUCUAUUUUAAGGAUAUGCCCAACACAGCUUGGCCUGACUCAGAUUAUGAAUGUUUUCAAUCAGUUACUGAGGAUUGGUGCAGACAGGAAAAGAAGGAUGCUUCAGCCUUAUACAAUACAAGGCCUGAGUUUACAAAGCUUCACUUACAAGGAGCUUUGAGGAAGCUACAAAUAACUUCAAAGAAGAACUGGGAAAAGAUGGUGACAGAAGGUGAGAAGGAAUUUCAAGCAGAAAUGAGUGCCAUUGAACACAUUUGCCACAGGAAGAAUUUUGAGCAAGAUGCAGACAAUGAAAAUCAAAUGAUAUUGGCUGAUUGGGCGUAUGAUUGCCAUGAAGAAAGGACAUUGCAUUUGCUAGUUCAGGAGGAUGAAGAGGCAAUUCAGGACAUUAAGAUGGUAGAGAAGUUUGUGAUGAUUGCCAUUUGGUGCAUCCAAGAUGAUCUGUCUUUAAGGCCCACUAUGAAGAGAGCCUCACAGAUGCUAGAAGGAGCUAUUGAAAGAACAUACUUACCUGUUACCCUGAUUCCAGAACUGAAGGAUGGUAUCAUCCUCGGUUAUGAUCAACCCCGGUUAAAAUCAGUCAACUUUAGCAAAGAGUCAAAGACCCAUAUUGUUUGGAAUUGCAGAUUUCACCCAGAUACCAACUGCCUAGGUUCAAAUGUAUGCCAAGGGUUUUUCUUCAAGGAAAGAAUUGAGAAAAGAAAAGACCUUUCGUUUCGCUGUGUGAUUACAUUGGCCAUCCACAGAACAUCGUCUCUGAUAAUGAAACUCCCAGCUUUGCCAUCGCAAAGCUUCUCUCUAGAUCACAUUGCUCUCUUGUUGCAGAAAUGCCUAAAAGCAAAAGCCUUGAAACCUGGCAAGCAAGUCCAUGCUUGGUCACUGGCUACCGGAGCUGAUAUGAAACUAUUAUCGUUGAACGCAAAGCUCGUUGGCAUGUAUGCGAGUUGUGGGGAUUUGGGUUCUGCUCGUUUAUCUUCGAAAGGAUUCAAAAGCCGAAUGCUUUUGCUGUGAAUUGGAUGGUUUUGGCCUCUGCAUUUAAUGGGUACUUUGAAGAAGCAAUAGGGUACUUCUCUGUAAUGCGGGAGUCGAUGAAUUUUUGUAAUAAAUUCACGUUUUCCGU